AACAGAAUUGCGGCGCUGCAAAGGGAAAAUAGCAAAUGAAAAAAAAACUACAUAAAAGAGAAGAAAAAGAAUAGGCCAUAAGAAAAAGUUUUUGCUUAUAUAUUUUUAUACAACAACAAAAUCAAAUUUAAAAGAAAAAAAUUAAUAGUUUAAUUAAAAAGUGUGCACAAGCAAUAGAAAGAAAGGACUUGGAGCAAAAGGAGAAACUACUUCAGCUGAAAAACUCUAGUGAAUCUUUUGCUCGAAAGAACGAAAAAGGGAAGUGAAGUAAAAACAGGCAAGGUCGUCAUCGUUGUCAUCAAGAAAAGAAAAAAGAUCAACACACAAGCAACAUGGAUGUAUUCUUGAUGAUCAGAAGACACAAAACAACCAUCUUUACGGAUGCCAAAGAAAAUACUUCAGUGGCCGAAUUAAAGCGUAUGCUGGAAGGCAUUUUAAAAGUCAAACCUGCGGAUCAACGUUUAUACAAUCAAGAUAAUGAUAUUAUGGAAGAUGACAAUACUUUGCAAGAUUAUGGCAUCACAAUGUCAACAGCAAAGGCGCAAGCACCUGCUCAAUUAGGUUUGGCUUUAAGAAAGGAAAGCGGCGAUAUAGAAGCACUCGAAAUUACAUCAUAUUCAUCACCACCCGAUUUACCCGAAGUCAUGAAGAAUCAAGAGGCAGCAAAUGGUAAAGAACAAGUGGCAUAGACGACAGUCAAUUGAGAGACACUACUAUUACUACACAGCAAAAGAAUAAGAACAACUACAACAAUAAUAGCAAAAUGCAAAGCAACAAAAUUUUAAACAACACUUUCUUUCUUACAACCAACAAAAUUUCAAUCAAUCAUUUAACAUUACACUUUCUUUCUAUUUUUUUUAUUUAAAUAACACUACAAAAUAACAUAAAACAAAUAUUUAAGUCGAAUGCAAAUACAGGUAAUUGCUAAAAUAUAAAACAAAAAUAAUAAAUAAACCUAAACAGAAAAAAAA